AUAGAAGUCGUCGAAGUCGUGACGUGUGUGUUUUGGUUUUUUACAUUGGGGUUGGGAAAAUUUGCCCAAAAAAAAUCUAUUUGUGUAGGUUUUCUUCGCAAUGCCAGUUGUAUUUAGAGUAUUUAGGCAUUCAUUGAUGGGAUAUAUUAGAAUUGUGAGACAUUGGGAUACUCCUUUGUACGCAACUACUGUGAUAAAAUCAUCCAAAAGUGUUCGUGCUUUUGGAACACAAAUUCGUAAAGCUCUGCCGGGGAAGUCCCAUCCGGAAAAGUCCCAGUCAAAUGUAGCCACAUGGCUUCAAAAUCGUUACAAAGAACUCAUAGGAACGUAUGAAGAGUUGUCAGGAGUGAAAGAAGUGAGGAUUGCACAAGAGGAUGUCGUCAAAAUUCAAGAAAAACUCCAGCAGACCCAGGAGAAAAGACGAGAGAUUCUUCUGAAACUUCUUGCCAUUCGCAACAAUGUUCAGAGGCUCAAUAACGAUAUCCAUGCCGUGGAAAAAAGUAAUCCACAUUAUUUGGAAUUGGUCAGGCAGCAAAUUGAGCUAAUACAGAAUGAGCGUGAAGCUAAAGAAUAUUUCGAUCUCAUGGAUACAAGUGAGAGAGAUUUAUUCACUCAUCUGACAUCUGCUGUAAGAACAUCGCAUGAAAAGGAGAGAUCUCAGGCUGAAAAUUCCAAGUACUUCUCAAUGAUCCUCACAAUGAUUGGAGCUGUUCUGGGUAUCCUGGGCACUACACUGAGUUAUCAUUUUAGAAAUCGCCAAUACAAGAAUAUCAGUGAACAAGGUGAGAAAAUUGAACAGCAACUGCAAGACCUCAGACUGGAACUUAAGAGGGACUUUAUAGAUUUGCAGAAAUUACUUGAGAAGAGCGUUGAGUCGACGCUUCAGCGCAAGGAGAAGAAGGAAUCCUGGACAAACUAUUUCUACAGGCAUGGGAGCAACAUUUAUAGGUUUUUUGUACCCAAAAGUUAAGAAAUACCCGUCAAAUCAUUAUUCUACCUGCCGAUUUUACUCUGAGGUUUUUUGAAUUUUAACAGUAUAUUCCAGUGUAUUCAGAGAAAAUCUGAAGAUUUUCUGCUGAAUUUCUGCUAGAAAAUCUGUAGAUUUUCGGCAGAAUUUCUGCAGAAAAUCUGUAGAUUUUCGGCAGAAUUUCUGCAGAAUUUCUGCAGAAAAUCUGUAGAUUUUCGGCAGAAUUUCUGCAGAAAAUCUACAGAUUUUCAGUAGAAUUUCUGCCGAGAAAAUCGGCAUAGUGUCCAUUACUUCACAAAAAUAUUGUUGAUUUAUGUAGAAACUGUAGGAGUUAUAAAGAAAAUGGUAUGCUCUGCUUAACAAGCAUUACCGAUUAAACAUUUUAAAUAAGUAAAAAGAUGCGAGCAAAAAUACUAAUUUUUUUAAAAAUCGCCCAUGGAAUGAUACAAAAACACGAAAUUUAGGUCGAUACUCUGCUUAAAGUUUUCACUUCACUUUUCUCUACUUGUAACACGGCGUCGCAGAAUUCUUUAUUUUAUAUAAACACCGUGAUAUCACAAAAAAUAACUCUAUUGAAUUUUGCAAACUUCAGUGAAAAAUUUUUCCAUCUCUUCUGACACAUCUUGUCUGGAAAGUCUGGAAUGUAGAAAAAAUCUACAGAAAAUCGGCAGAAUAUCUACAGAAAUUCGUCAGAAAAUUUGCCGAAAUAUUCUGACGAAUUUUGUUCCAAGCCCAAAUAAAAUUCGUAAGAAUAUCUACAGAAUUAUCUGCAGAUAUUCUGUAGAGGUGUAGAUUUUCUCUAAAGAAAUCUUAAAGAUAUCUGCAGAUAUUAUUUGACGGGUAAUGCCACGAAUUUUUUAUUAAGAUUAGAAAAAGUAUAAUGGGAUUAUCAGUUAUUUAUAUUAAUAUGAUUUAUAAUAUAGAAUUUAGAAAGAUUUAUUGUAUAGUCCUACAUGUUACUUUCUGUAUCCUGGGCAUGAACCAAUAAACUUAUUAUUAUUAUUA